CAGAAUGAUGAUGAUGAUGAUGUUCUGCUGCAGGAACAGGUGAAGCUGAAGGAGGAACUGGAGCGUCUGGAGAGCAGAAGAAGCACACCGAACCAGAGCAGAUGUGAAUGUUAUCAGUGAUGGUGAAUCUGUCAGGUGUGUCUGAUAGCAUCUGUGCAGGUGUGGCGGUCAUGUGCUUUUGAAGAACACACUGAUCUGAGGGCGUGGCCUCAUGUGGGAUGGGGGCGGGACUAAUGAACACACAAGGGCGUCAUCUGACCCCGAAGCAGCCGCUCAUUCAGACAGUGUUUCAGGGAGUAACAUCUAAUGAUCCAGAAGCAGCACUGGCACAAACAAACACCUGAAGACUCCAGAGUUUAUUAAAUGCUGUUAAGAUCCGCCUGACAGCAACAUCCUCCAGGUUUCAGACGGUUGGUGGGAGUGGCUGUGGCUUGCAGUGGGCGUGGCUCUGGGCAGUCGUGGGCGUGGUCACAGCUGUUACUAUCUGCAGUGAGAUCAGACUGAUGUGAUGGAUGCAUAUAACACACAGAUCUGCAGGCCGCCGCUCAAUAGAGACGAUCUGUAUCCGCCUGAACCUCACCGCACUGCAUGAUGGGAAGUAAAAAAGCAAACAGGAGGUUUUCACUGGACAGCUCAGGGUAUCAUCUGGACAUCAGUGGAAGCGCAGCAAAGCCCAAGAACAGCAUGCUGAGAAAAUCUUCAGACAGCAGAGGCUCCCAGAGUCCAGACGAGACGCAUCUGGAGUUCCUGGAGCACAGCGGCAGCGUCUCACGCAGAUCCACGACUAUAGAGGAGGAGGCUGGAUCCGGCGUUCGUAAUAGCUUCAAGAGCCACAACAAAACCUUCCACAAACUCUUCCCUGAGGUCCCCGAGACGGAGGAUCUGGAACACGUGCACACCUGCGCCCUGCAGAAGGAGGUGAUUUACCACGGUAAGAUGUACCUGUCCAGUCAACACAUCUGCUUCCACUCAUCUGUGCUGCUGAAGGACACCAAGGUGAUGAUCCACAUGUCCAGCGUUCAGAGCAUAAAGAAGAAGCACACAGCUAAGAUCGUUCCCAACGCCAUCGCCGUCAUCACCACAGACGGACACAAGCAUCUGUUCGUGUUGUUUCUGAAUCGAGAAGCGUGCUUCAAACUGCUGCAGUCGCUCUGUACACAGCUGCAGAUGGAGAGCAGCAGCUGGAAAUCCUCCACUCCUGAUGUGGAGAUCGACGCGAUUUCCAGCCAGUCGAGUCUAGAGGAGAAUCCUGAGAAUCCCUCGAUUCGUUCAGCAGACGCGAGUCGAGCUCUCCAGCCAGAAACAAGAAGCAGCUCAACGCCACACGAUGACCCCAGCAGAGAGAUCAGCCCGCCGGAGCCGCACAGCACAGCGGGCUCCUGGGUAACCGUGGUAACAGAGAAGGUCAGCUCCGUUCUGUCGUCCAAUGAGACGCAGAGCCUGAACAAACUCCUGCUCGUCUACGUGAUCCUUGCGAUUCUUCUCCUGUUCUUGUCUGGUUACAUCGGUUUGCGGAUCAUGGCGCUGGAGCAGAAGCUGAGCAUUCUGGGAUCGAUGCGGGAGUUCACAAUGCAGACAGAGAACCAGGAAGCGUAAGAACAGCGAGAGUCCUGGAGAUUCGUGAGAAUCGUUCAGAUUGAGCUUCAGACACACAGACUCUGAAUCAGUCGAAGCUGUGAGAGAGUCGAGCCGCAAACACACAGACAUUAAUGCUGUUCAGAUGGAGACUGUGUGAAUCAGAGACCUGCGGCUCAUCCUGACCUCGCUGACCUAAUCUUUUAUUUAUGCUAUAUAUCAUAUACUUGAUCCUGUACUAUCAAACUAAGACCAGACGGCUUCAGUUUCACACUGAGCUCAAUAUUCAGAUUAUAAACGCUGGUGCUUCUGAUGUGUCUUCAAGGAUUUCUGCUACAAAAGGUCUUGCCUUGGUUUGUCUGGUUACGCUA